CGUGGAUUUGGGCCAUUUACAAGACGGACCUUAUUCCGGAUCAGAUCCAAAUCCAUUUGGAGCCUGAAGCGGUUUGCUCAAGAAAAGAAUCUUCACAGAGUCUCCUCUCUCAUCUACAAUUUCUAUCAGUCUCAAUUUUCUGCAGUCUGUGAGACCACGAAACUGUUCCCUUCAUCCCCAGCAGACAAUAUUUUCAUUUAUCUCUAACAGGAGCUCCAUAUUUGAGCUGCAAACAUGGUGCAGAUGAAGGUUAUCGGUGUUCUUCUCUUCGCGUUGUGUCUGAUUGUGCCUUGUAUUAACGCCGCGUCCACCAGCUUUAGCGCGUGCAGUAAGAAGGCCAAUUAUGCUGUCAACAUUAGUGAACUUGAUAUAGAUCCAUAUCCAAUUUCCAAAGGCAAAAAUACCAAGUUUCAACUCACUGCAUCUACAGAUGAAGAAAUAUCUGGUGGGAAACUUGUAAUCGAUGUUUCUUACUUUGGAUUCCACAUACACACUGAAAAUCACAAUCUCUGUGAUGAGACCUCAUGCCCUGUUCCUGCUGGUCAAUUUAAUGUCACUCAUGCCCAAGAGUUACCAGGCUAUACACCACCUGGCUCAUACUCGCUGCAAAUGAAGAUGGUGGACUCGAGCAAAAAGGAACUGGCCUGCAUUACUUUUAGCUUCAGCAUUGGUUUUAUAGCUGAAGAGAGUUUGGCUGAUAUUUGAAUCCCCGUUUUUCUACUGGCGUUCCUUGCUCUUUAAGUAUUGUAUAGCGACUCUGCCAUGUGUAUGAGGUGCACCUCGUGAAUGUUUCUCUUUUCAGUGUUAUGUGUAUGUAUUUGAACCGCCCUCUCUAGACAUAAUGAUGAUAAUAAUUUCCUCACGUGACAUAAUUAUAAUAAUUCUGUUCGUGUUUGUGAUGAUUUGGUUACUCUGCCCUUUGUGUAUUAUAAGAGAUCUCUGGUUAUCUUUCAAGGAUUUCAAUUUUUUGUCUGGUGUGGAGAAG